AUGUCUUCAUUCGUUCCAUUCCAAUCGGUAGAAGUCUACGAAGGACGGCUCAAUGGCAGCUCAACCAAGGAAGGACAAGGAUCGAUACGGAUGGACCACGAGGACAACUCGGAAGAAGAUUAUGCUCUAUUCGGGAGCCAGCCGAUAACUCUUUUUAUUUAA